UAUACCAUAAAUAGAAACAUCAUAAAUUGAACCCAGCGUACGCUUAUCAACACAACAGUGAAUCAUGGGUUCAGUGCAGCCAGGAGCAGUUGUGAGCAUUGAACACACUUGGGUGCACUCGACGCCAUAUGCCGCACUGCCUCCGUUCGCUGUCGUUGGGGGCCACGAUUGCGAUGGCUCCCCCAUAUAUGUGGGUCGGUCGUUCCACGAGGGCGAGAAUCUGCCCGCCAAGGUUAUACCGAGCAAGGGUUGCGCCUAUGUCGCCUACGGCGGCACCGAGCACCAGAAGACCCACUACGAGGUGCUAGUCGGCCAGGGCUUUGCCUGGGUCAGCAGCUGCAGCGGUGGUGCACCACCAAAUGCUGUGCGCAGCGGCACCACCCGUUCCGGUGAGCCACUCUAUGUGGGUCGGGGCAAUCACGCCGGUUCGCUGUGCGUCGGCAAGGUGCAUCCGUCGCAUGGCUGCCUCUACAUACCGUUUGGCGGGCAGGAGGUGCGCCUCAACACCUACGAGGUGCUCAUCCAUCAGCAGCAUGAUGUGUGGGUCUCCGCCUCGCCCAGCUAUACGCCACCCGGUGCCGUUGUUGCCGGCCACGAUUCGGAUCGCACACCCAUCUAUGCCGGACGCGCUAUGCACGAGGGUGAGAUGCUGCCCGCCAAGGUUAUACCGAGCAAGGGAUGCGCCUAUGUCUGCUUUGGCGGCUAUGAGUUCCAGAAGCCCACCUACGAAGUGUUGACCGGCCACGGCUAUGUCUGGGUGAGACCCCAGCCGCACGGCAUUCCACCCAAUGCGGUCAGCACGGGUCGCGCCCGCAACGGCGAACCCAUCUACUAUGGCCGGGGACACCAUCAUGGCAGCCUGACGCCCGGUCUGAUCUCCUCCCGCCAGCGAUGCCUCUACAUACCCUACGGAGGCCGCGAGAUUCGUCUCGAUUCCUACGAAGUGCUCUGCCGUCAAUAGAUCUUCCCUUAUGUCCUUGAAUUUUUAUGUUUUUUUAUAUCCAGUUUCCUUCUUCCGCUGUUAAUGCCAUAUUCAAAUGAUUUACAAUAAAGGGUUCGACUGCUUCUACAACACA